ACGGUGCGUGACACCGUACAACCGACUAUCGAAAUUUCUUUUCGACUUUUUCGAAUUAAACUGCCAAUUAUGACGCGAAAACACACGCGUGCAAUUGGCUACAGAAUAAUCUGUACGAUCGCCAUACCAUUAUUGUAUUUAGUCUUUAUUAAUAUGGUAGCAAUAAUUCGUCUAAAACCUUUGGAAAGUGCCAAUAAUCCGACAGAUAUGCGUUUUCGCAAACUCUUGCAAUUCGAGUCGACUACUAUGGAACCAGGGGGAACAGAGCAAACUGAUAAUUGCACUCCCCCGGCGAUCAAAGAAUUUCCAUCCGACGGUCUCACCCGGCAGCAAAGACAAUCCGGAUUUAUAACGAUACACUUCGUACUAGCUAUUUACAUGUUUCUAUUGCUGGCCAUUGUCUGCGACGAUUUCUUUGUCCCUUCGAUGAAAAAGAUUUGCGACAAAAUGAAUCUAACGGAGGAUGUCGCAGGAGCGACGAUAAUGGCUGCAGCCAGUUCUAGUCCAGAAUUAUUCGUCAACAUUGUAGGCACUUUCGUCACGGAAGGGGAUUUGGGCGUCGGCACGAUCGUCGGUUCCGCCGUUUUUAAUAUACUAGCAGUGCCCGCCUGUUGCGGUAUAUUCGCAAACCAAGUCUUGAAGUUGGAUUGGUGGCCCGUAACGCGAGAUUCCCUUGCAUACGCAAUUACAGUUUUACUAUUGGUAUUGACGCUGAGGGACGGCCGUAUCGAAUGGUACGAGGCACUGAUUCUUGUUCUCCUCUACGUUCUAUACAUUUUAGCGAUGUGCUUCAAUGGCCCUAUCAGCAACUUUCUUCGUCGCGCGACAAACGCCAGAAAGAAGUACAGAAAUCUUACCGAGGAAAGUCCCCUAAUCUCGAACGACUAUCCAGUUGUCAAAGGCACCGACAUGGGCUUAUUAGAAUCGGGAGAAGCGGAAGAGUCAAUCGAUAUCGUCAAUAUGACAAGUUGGCCGAACGCAACAUGCGAAAGAAUGUGGUGGCUGAUUACGUGGCCAAUUAAUUUCGUACUGCUCGUCACGAUUCCCGAUUGCAGAAGGAACAGCUUGAAGUCUUGGUACCCGGUUACAUUUAUCAUGUGUAUAGUAUGGAUCGCGACAACAUCGUACGUAGUCGGAUGGGUGAUCACCGUAAUCGGCGAUACAUUUAGGAUCCCCGACUCUAUAAUGGGAUUGACCUUUCUUGCGGCAGGAAUGAGCGUGCCAGAGGCUGUGUCGAGCGUUAUCGUCGCGAAUCAAGGUCACGGAGACAUGGGCAUAAGCAAUUCGAUAGGUUCGAACGUGUUCGACGUUUUACUCUGUCUCGGAUUGCCUUGGUUUCUAAAAGCCACGUUCUUUCCCAAGGUUCCCCAUCAACACUAUGUACAAAUCAAUUCGCAAGGCUUUGUUUACAGCUCGAUAUCAUUAUUCUCCACUCUUAUCAUCUUUUAUCUGUCCCUCCUAAUUGGUAAAUUCAAAUUGACACGGACCGUCGGAAUCGCUUGUCUCGUAACGUACGCCAUUUUCCUGGUAUUUGCUUCUUUUCUAGAACUCAAUACGUUCUUUGUAGUUAAUUUGCCAAUAUGCGUCGACUGAUACUUUCCGAUUCGUACACCUCCAUCUACGGUGCGUAGCUCGAGAGAUGGUCAGAACCUUACGAAUGUUUCUUCGCUCCGACCAUUUAAAUUCGUACUUGUUCCGAUUGCCUUCUCUCGAGCCGUGCACCGUGUAUCUCUAUCGUCCGUUGUAUGAAAGAAGACUCACGGGACGGCACACUGUGCGCGUUUCGACGAAUCGCACACUGCACCCGAAACACACUAAAUCGUUCCAGGGGUCUUCUUUCGAACAGUGCCCGAUACAUGUACACGUAUUAUAUUAUACACGUAGACUCUUCCGUACUUUGGGCGAUACACCUCGGUUCAAUCGUACAGAAAACGCUAUAUUUAUGUGGUCCGAUUUCCCUGCCUCCCUUUGUCACUUAUUUCCAAAUACACGAAUCAUUACAUCGAAUCGUUGACGCGCUGACAGCAUAAACGUCGGCUACAGCUCCGUGCUCGCAUGCAAUCAUAUUGAAACUUUGAACUGAUUUCCCUAAAUUCUCCAUGUAAAUACAUACGAUGUGUGUGUUUGUGUGUAUUAGACGUUUAACGAAUUUCUAAUAAAUCAUUCGCAUUCGAAAGUGGUACUUUCACUGAAAUGUGUGUUUUGUCGUUCUGUCGUUCUGUCGUUCUGUCGUUCUGUCGUUUUGUCGUGUCAUCGUUGGAUCAAAUGA